AUGAAUAAAUUCACUCUCAGGUUUAAUCAGCAGUUAUUAGAAGUACAAUAUCAAUCAACAAGGCUUGUAAUGAGAAAAUAAAUUCUAUACGGAGUUUCUUCUGGAUUUAUAAUUAUGAACACAAUUUCAGCUAUAUUAAAAAUUAUAGGAAAUGAUAAUAAUAGUUUACCAUUAGAUUUAACUUAAUCAUUAGUUGCGCUUAUUACUGUAUGCGCCGUUAAAUAUUACCCAAAGUACAUUCUAGAAGGAUCAAAUAUAUUAAAUUUGCUGUUUUGCCUAGUAUAAAUAAAUUUAGAUGAAGGUGCAACUUCUCAUUAAAUGUACAUCUUUGGUGCAAAUAUUAUGGCAACACAACUAAUGUUGUUAUUUGGUUCGGAUUUCUUAUACUCCAUACCAUAAAUCUUAAUCAUGGCAUGUUUUAGAUUAGGAAUAUAAAAAGUAUACCAACAAUUUGAUUGGUUUUCAAUCUCACUAACUUUAUUAGUCUCAUUAUGGCUAGGCAUUGUUUAAUAUCAAUUUGAUAAAACAUUAAGAUCUCAAUUUUUACUCACAUUAAAGGAUCAUGGUUGGGAUUAACUUUUACCAUAAAUUGUAGACAAGCCCUACUUUUAUUUUCGAUAUAACAAUUCGUAAUUUGAAAUAAAACAGAUUCAUAAAUAGUCAUAGAUUUUUAAUUAUAAUGAAGACUUUUGUCAAGGUUGUAAUUUGAGACAUUUUUUAAGGGAAUUCUAAUUUAACAAUCAAUCUAUAGAGACAUUCAUACUAAAUCGAUUGAAAAGCUAUCAAAAGAACAUCUAUGAUAGAGAAAUAAUAGGGAAAAAUAAGAAAUAAUAUUCAAUGCAAAUGAAUUAUUGUGAAAUUUUCAGCGAUUAUCCAAAUUUUUUAAUCAUUCUAAAUGAUACUAAAAAUAACCAUAAUAUCCCUAAAGAAUCAUAAGCCUCUUUAAUGAAAAAAUAUUUUACAAGUUAUUCAAAUCAUCUUUUUAAACUUAUUUUGAAAGGAGAUUCAAAAUUUAAAAUAAUUCAGCUAAAUUAUCAUUAUUUAUCUGCAUUGUUUCUUAAGGAUUAUACUGUUCAAACCUUCUCUCCAUACAAUCAACUAUAGAAAAUUAUCAAUUUAUCAGGAGGGGUAAAACUCUAAUGUUUAAAAAAAUUAACAAUAUAAGGAUAUAAAAAUUUAUUUUCAGUAUUCUGGCUAUAAACUAUUUUGAUAAUGGUAAUCUCUUAAAACAGAAGUCAACUAGAACUUCCAAUGAUUGUAUUAAAUUAAGAAUAAGAUUAUAUUGAAUAUACCUUUGUUCUAAAUUAUCCAAAAUUAUUUGAAGACAUGUUCAAUUAAAAUUUAGUUAUUUAAAGGCUCAAACAAGUUAUAUUUUUCAGCAUUAAUCAAAAUAAAUGGAAAUUCAAAUCUUACUCUAAACUUGAUGUAGCUUUUAGGAAAAUUGAAAAUAAUUGA